AUGGCAUCCUCCUUUUAUCCACUUUUCUUAGUUGUUAGCCUCUGUGCGCCAAUCUAUUGUGUGGCCCCAUCCAGUCCCCCCAGCAGAGGAGGCUCCGGCCCUUCCUCCACAAAGAGCAGCCCCGCCUUUCAGGUGUCUUCCAGCAACACCAACUUUGCCUUCCGCCUGUACCGGAAGCUGGUUUUGAAGACCCAGAGUAAGAACGUCUUCUUCUCCCCUGUGAGUGUCUCCGCUUCCCUGGCUAUGCUCUCCCUCGGGGCCCGCUCAGCCACCAAGACCCAGAUCCUCCAGAGCCUGGGGUUCAACCUCACACACACGCUGGAGUCCGCCAUCCACCAGGGCUUCCAGAGCCUGGUCCACUCACUCAGUGUCCCCAGCGAAGACCUGGACUUGAAGAUGGGGAGUGUCCUCUUCAUCAAAAAGGAGCUGGGGCUACAGAAAAAUUUCUUGGAAAACAUCAAGAGGCUAUAUGAGUCAGAAGUCUUUUCUACAGAUUUCUCUGAUACCUCCGCUGCCCAGAAGACGAUCAACAGCUAUGUGGAGAAGGAGACCAAAGGGAAGGUUGUAGACUUAAUCCAAGGCCUUGAACCUCUGACCGUCAUGGUCCUGGUGAACCACAUUUUCUUUAAAGCCAAGUGGGAGAAGCCCUUUAAUCCUGCGUACACGAGUAAAAGCUUCCCAUUCCUAGUGGGCAAAGGGACCACUGUGCAGGUCCCGAUGAUGCACCAGGUGGAGCAAUUUGCUUUUGGGGUGGAUCCGGAACUGAACUGCUCUGUGCUGCAAAUGGACUACAGUGGAGACAUCGUGGCCUUCUUUGUCCUCCCUGGGCGGGGCAAGAUGAGGCAGCUGGAACAGGUCUUGUCAGCCAGGAUGCUGAGGAAGUGGAGCCACUCACUCCAGAAGAGGUGGAUAGAAGUGUUCAUUCCAAAAUUUUCCAUCUCUGCCUCCUAUGACCUGGAAACCAUCCUCCCGAACAUGGGCAUCCGGGAUGCCUUUGACAAUAAUGCUGAUUUUUCUGGAAUCACAAGAAGACACUCCCUGCAGCUUUCAAAAGCCACCCACAAGGCGGUGCUGGACAUCAGUGAGGAAGGUACCGAGGCUGCAGCAGCCACAGCCAGCAAGUUCAUAGUCCGGUCGAAGGACGGCCCAUCUCAAUCCAUCAUCUGUUUUAAUAGGCCGUUCCUGAUGCAAAUUAUAAGGAGAUCCACAGAGACCACUCUCUUCCUAGGGAAAGUGGAAAAUCCCACUGAAUUCUAG